AUGCGGGGGCUGGUGGCGCUGCUGGCGGCGCUGAGCUGCGCGGCCCCGGCGGGGCGGGCGGCGGCUCCCGGGGGUGCCCUCAGCUCCAACGCCAUCAAGGGACCCCCCCCGGGCGGGGCGGCCGAGGCCAGCGCCGCCCCCGCACCCCCUUUCGACGGCAGCAACAAGGCCCCGCCGGCCGCCACCCGACAGCCUUUCCCGUGCGCCGAGGACGAGGACUGCGGCCCCGAGGAGUUCUGCGGGGCCCGCGGCGGGGGGGUCCCGCUGUGCCUCGGCUGCCGGCGGCGCCGCAAGCGCUGCCUGCGCGAUGCCAUGUGCUGCCCCGGCACGACCUGCAGCAACGGUCUCUGCACGCCCCUGGAGCCGCCCCACGGAGCGGCCGAGCUGGACGAGACCGGCACCGAGGCGCUGCCCCGACGGACGCCCGCUCCCGCCUGGCUCCCCACUGCCAAAGGCGAGGAAGGCGACUUCUGCCUGCGCUCCUCGGACUGCGCGGCCGGGCUGUGCUGCGCCCGCCACUUCUGGUCCAAGAUCUGCAAGCCGGUGCUGCGGGAGGGGCAGGUGUGUACCCGGCACCGGCGGAAAGGCUCGCACGGCCUGGAGAUCUUCCAGCGCUGCCCGUGCAGCGAGGGGCUGGCGUGCCGCCCGCAGCGAGAGCCCGGCCCCGCCGACGCGUCCCGCCUGCACACCUGCCAGCCGCACUGAGCCACGGACACA